AUGCUGUGGAGAACCAAAAGCUACAUCAUCGGCGCCGACAGGAACCUCUCUUUCUUUGAUCGGGCAAAGGGAGAAAAACAAUCCAAACAAAAAGAAUAUGAUGCGGAGCAUGUUGAGGGCAUCGAGGCUCAGGAGUUACCGCCCCUUGGACGGGUAAAAUCAGCUCGGGCAAAGUUCCAGAAGCAUUGGAGGAGAUUCUGGUGCUGCUAUCUCUUGGGGGCCAUCAUAUUCCUUGCAAUCUUCCUUCCAGUGUUUUUCCUCGUCAUCAUACCCGCGAUUGCCCAGAAACUCGUGAACGACAUGAGUCUCCCCGUUCACUCAGCCGAGAUUCUAAAUCCCAGGCCAGACCAAGUCGACUUCGUCCUCCAUACCUCCUUGAAUGUCCCACUGGCCAUCCGUAUCCGAACCGAGCCAUUGAGCCUGAAUCUGUUCAACCGCGACACCAAGCCAAGGAAGACCUACCUGCGCGUUGACCUGCCUGCCUACAGCCUCAAAGGGAACACGAAGCUAGACGUGACCAAGAAUGACACUAAGAUUUUCGAUGUCGACGAAUUCAUGAAGACUUUGGAGAAUGCUGUCUACAACGAGCGGUUCAUCAUGUCUGCAAAGGGCUCGACUAUUGGUCAUCUUGGCGCCCUGAAGACCCCCCUGACCCUGGAUAAGGACAUUGAGCUUAAUGGCCUCGACAAACUCCGUGGCUUCUCCAUCGAAUCGGCACGACUACUCCUCCCCAAAGAAGCAGACGGGACAAACUUGCGAGGCAAGGCAGUCGUGCCCAACCAUUCUGUAUUUACUUUUGCGUUGGGCAACGUGACACUCAACCUGAAAAGUCAGGAGAUAGUACUUGGCCAAGCCUCGAUCGAUAACGUGGUUCUGAAGCCAGGAAACAAUACCGUAGAUCUCCACGGCAAGCUGGACUUCGACUUCUUGAUUGAUAAUCUGGGGACGAUUCUCGCUACUCAGAAAUCCGCUCUACGAGACGGUCAGAUUGAGCUUUCCGCUUCUGGAAACUCUACCGUCUACAACGGGGAACACAUUAGAUACUUCGAGGAAAUUCUGAACGGUUUGACAAUUACUACACGAGUGCCGAUUGUCAUGUUGCUUGCAAAUACUCUGGGUGGCCUAAUGGAUACGAAAGAAGGAGGGAAGGGACUUGAUAUUGCGGGCAUUCUAGGUGACUUGACCGAUAACAACAAAACGGAGCUUGCGGUGAGAUCGCUAAGGGAUCGUAUCAAUGGAUGA